GAAAUAAUGUCGACAUUGUAUAUUAUAGUAGUGUAUACUUGGAAAUCAGUAUUUAUACUUGAUAAACGGAGUUGUGUGAAAUGGACGGUCAUUUGCUUGCUAGCUUUACUACAGAAGACGUUUAUGAAACCGAUUUAGUUAAUAGUAACGGUGAUGAAGAUAACUAUUAUGAAUGGCAAGCCCCAUAAUGAAAUCCAAAGGCUGCCAGAUAACAUGACCAUUUGCGAUGACCCAUUACGUGGUCAAGCGGAUUAUUCCAAAUCCAAAUGUCUAAUGGCAGAAGGAGUUUUGUCUUCAAUCAAUUUUACAAGUGGACCAAAUGAAAGUAAAACUGUGGCCGUAAUAGGAAAAAAUGAAGACACUCGAAAGUGUAAGGAAUGUAGCACAGCUCGAGAAGAUGAGAGGGAGCCCGCUUAUUACUGUGCAAAGGAUAUGGUGAUUCAGAUUAGUACUACUUGUUCACUUCUACAGACAGGGUGGUAUUACGAAAAUUUCUCAAGUCAGGAGGCCAAAAGUUUAUUACGAAAGGAACCAGUGGGAACAUUUUUAAUAAGGGACAGUUCGGAUCCAAAAUACUUAUAUUCUCUUAGUGUCAAAACAUCCAGGGGGACCACGAGCGUUAGGAUUCUUUAUCACAAGGGACAAUUUCAAUUGGACAGUGACGAAAGGAUUAGUGCAAAAAUGCCUAAAUUUGACAGUGCGGUGCGUUUGGUGGAUUUUUAUGCGCGUUUGACCAGCAUGGGACGAAGUUAUGUAUGUCGUUGGUUAGAAAGCUCGGGAAGAAAGGAUUUACCAAUAGUAUUACAAAAACCUAAAUCUAACUGUGUGGUGGAUUUAAAACAACUGUGUCGUUUAUCAAUAAAUAGAAGUUUACCGAAAACUCUGAGUAGGUCAAAAGUGUUGAAUUAUGUGGAUAAAUUACCCGUUCCUAAGCCAAUCAAGAACUAUCUGAAGGAAUAUCCUUAUAUACAUUGACUUGUAUUGACUUAUUUCUUAAAAUAACCGGGUAAUACACAUGUUCGUGUACCAUGGCAGCUCCAAUGUUUUUCAUAUGCAUUGGUUACAUAUAAAACACUAACUACCUCGAUAUUUGUGUAGCAGUAUUUAUUUAAUUUAUUUAUUUGAUUUUUUUCAUUUAUGUUAUAAAUUCGGGUGCUAUUGACGCUUUUUUGUGUUGAUAAUCCAUACUUGUUGAAAUGAUAUAAUUAAACUAGAAACUUGAAAUAGACCA